UCUAUAACAUUGCGUAAGUUUGUGAUUUAAUUCAGGUAAGGGUUUCCCGUGCAACGUCAGAUGUGAGUAACCAUCUGUGGGUUUUAAAUAUUGGUAAAGAAGCAGUGAAUUAUUUUAUAAUUCUGUAAAAAUGGAUUUCUUUGACUCACUGCCAACACACAUGGACUAUGACGGCCAAGCCAGGGCAGAAAAACUCUCCAGGGUAAUUGUCACGUUGUUCGGAGUGGUUGGGCUUGUCUGGGGUUAUGCAAUACAGCAAUUUUCCCAAACUAUUUACAUUUUGGGGGCAGGUUUUGUCUUAGCUGGCAUAGUCACAAUUCCGCCAUGGCCAAUGUAUCGUCGCAAGCCUCUAGAUUGGCAGAAGCCUCAACCUGAAGUGCCAACAAAGUUCAAGAAGAAGAAAUAAAUUACUGAAUUAGGAACUAAAUAAACAUUUACUUCUUAUUACUGAUUCACAAUCACAACAUGAUAUAACUUAAAUAUGGAAUCUCGUAUUCUCCAAUUUAAA